CAAAACAUUAACCUCUCCAAAAGCUUCAACCCACUGUUCCGGACCACCUGACACAGAGUAGCAGCAAUCUGCAGACUCCACCAACCAAAUGACAGCUUCAACUUCCUCUCUUCUCACCUUCACACUCACCACAACCCCAAACAUCGCUGCAAAUCGCCACCAUUCCACAUUCACCAAUCUCCGAUUCAACCCCAUAGCCAAACCUUCCCCUCUACGCUUCUUCCUUCCCCUAACUCCUCAAAACCCGCACCACCACCGCCGCCGCAGCGCCGUCGUCACAAACAUGUUCACCGGCCUAGUUGAAGAAUUGGGCACCGUCAAGCAGCUGGGCAUGGCCUCUCACGGCGGCUUUGACUUGAACGUUGAGGCCAAGACUGUCCUGGAGGGUGUCAUCCUCGGCGACAGUAUUGCUGUCAAUGGUACUUGCCUCACGGUGACGGAGUUUGACCUGGAGGGUUCGAACUUUACGGUUGGGUUGUCGCCGGAGACGCUGAGGAAGACUUCUCUUGAGGAAUUGGAACCUGGGUCGGUGGUGAAUCUGGAGCGGGCUUUGUUGCCCACGACCCGGAUGGGUGGGCAUUUUGUGCAGGGUCACGUGGAUGGCACGGGGGUGAUUGUGUCCAUGGAUGCUGAAGGGGAUUCUUUGUGGGUGAAGGUGAAGGCUGAGAAGGAGGUGCUCAAGUAUAUUGUGCCAAAAGGGUUUAUUGCUGUGGAUGGGACUAGUUUGACUGUGGUUGAUGUGUUUGAUGAUGAAGGGUGCUUCAAUUUCAUGUUGGUGGCUUAUACUCAGCAGAAGGUGGUCAUUCCUUUGAAGAAGGUUGGGCGGAAGGUGAAUCUUGAGGUGGAUAUCCUUGGAAAGUAUGUGGAGAGGCUUCUCAGUAGUGGUUUUGUUCAGUCCAUUGCAAAUACAAAUUCUUGAUGCUCUCUGAGGCCUUGUACUGCUCUACAAUGCUGCUGGUGAAAUCUCAGUGAGACUGAAAGAUAAUAAUACUUGAUCUGUUGAAGAUCAUUGAAAAUGUGUAUGUGACUGUCAUUUCAGCUCCAUUAUUUUUAUAUUAUGAAACUGCUAGAAGAAACCUCAGUGUUGGAUGAUAAACAUACUGUGCGAUGAAGAGAUUGCACUUUGUUCUUUAAUUUGAACCCUUCUCCUGAACUUGGUUUA